GAAGGUCUUCCCGCCCUGCUCCACGUGCUGCUCCAGUGAGAAACCCACCAGCGCCAGCCCGUCCAGCUCCUCCACCUGCUACCACCCAGAGCAGCGGUGGUGGUAUCAUGAGCGGGAUUGGGUCCACCAUUGCUCAGGGCAUGGCUUUCGGUACUGGCAGUGCCAUGGCGCACAGGGCUGUUGAUGCUGUGAUGGGUCCCCGUACCAUUCAGCAUGAGACUGUUGUUGGUGAGGCUGCUGCAUCUAUGACUCCAAUGGACAAUGCUGCUGAUGACAAGUGUGGCAACCCUUCCAAGGCCUUCCAAGAUUGCAUCAACCACUACGGAAGCGAUAUCAGCAAGUGCCAGUUCUACCUUGACAUGCUGAACGAGUGCCGCCGUGGAGGAGCAGGAGCUGGUGCAACUCUUUAAGCUACUAUCUUUGCUUGAUUGGGGCUUCAUUGGGCGGAACCUGUUUUCAGUCAUGAUGAUGAUGAUAUAUAUCUCCUAAAUAAUUCAUUGGCAAUAUUAUGAACCUAUGCCACAGCUUAUGUCUAUUACCUACCCUAGUUCGUGGUCUCUGUUGUCCUGGGAGUAUUUCCUUGUAUUGAUGUUGGAAUUACCUUCAUGGCAGUGGGUUUAUAAAUAUGGAGUUUGAAUA